AUGGGGAGCAUCAAGCUUUUCUCCCUUCUCCCCUUCCUUCUCUUCGCCCUUGUCGCCACCGGGGACGCCGGGGACGAGCUCGGCACCUACGUCGUCCACGUGCAGCCCAAGGAGAACCACGUGUUCGGCACGACCGACGACCGGAAGGAGUGGCACCAGUCCUUUCUCCCCGACAAUGGCCGCCUCCUCCAUUCGUACCACCACGUCGCGAGCGGGUUCGCGGCGCGGCUGACGCGGCGGGAGCUCGACGCCGUCUCAGCCAUGCCCGGGUUCGUUGCCGCCGUGCCGGACGUGAUCUACCGCCUGCAGACGACGCACACACCGCGGUUCCUCGGGCUUGACACGGCGCUGGGCGUCAGGAACCCGUCCGUCGGGUCCGGCGACGGCGUCAUCAUCGGGGUGCUCGACACCGGCGUCUUCCCCAACCAUCCCUCGUUCAGCGGCGAAGGGAUGCCGCCGCCGCCCGCCAAGUGGAAGGGCAGGUGCGACUUCAACGCCUCCUCGUGCAACAACAAGCUCAUCGGCGCGCGGAGUUUCAUCAGUGACGGCAACGGUGCUACUCCCGGCGGGCCUCCAACCGACGAGGAAGGGCACGGCACGCACACGUCAAGCACCGCGGCCGGAGCCGUCGUGGCGGGCGCUCAGGUGCUUGGCCAGGCCAAUGGCACCGCGUCCGGGAUGGCGCCCCGUGCGCACCUCGCCAUGUACAAGGUUUGCAGCGAGGACGGAUGCGCCAGCGUGGACAUCCUCGCCGGCAUCGACGCCGCCGUGUCCGACGGCUGCGACGUCAUAUCCAUGUCGCUCGGGGGAGAGUCGGUGCCGUUCUACCAGGACAGCAUCGCUGUCGGCACGUUCGCCGCGGCGGAGAAGGGCAUUUUUGUCAGUAUGGCUGCCGGCAACUCCGGCCCCAACUACACCACGCUGUCCAACGAGGCGCCAUGGAUGCUCACCGUUGCCGCGAGCACCAUGGACCGUUUGAUCAGCGCCCAAGUGACCUUCGGAGACAACCUCUCCUUCGUCGGCGAGUCGGUCUACCAGCCCGACAACUUGACCUGGAUUGAGGCCUCGUUGGUGUACGCCGGCGCGAGCUCGACGCCCUUCGCCCAGUUCUGCGGCAACGGCUCGCUGGACGGCUUCAACGUCAAGAACAGGAUAGUGCUCUGCGAUCGCGGCGGCAAUGUUGGGAGGGUUGACAAGGGUGCCGAGGUGCUAAGAGCCGGAGGCGCCGGCAUGGUUCUGACCAACCAGUUCAUCGACGGCUACAGCUUGCUCGCCGAUGCGCACGUUCUGCCGGCUUCGCACGUCAGCUAUGCUGCCGGACUGGAGAUCAAGAACUACAUCAACUCCACGGCGAACCCGAUGCUGAAGAUCGUCUUCAGAGGCACGGUCCUGGGCACGUCGCCGGCGCCGGCGAUUACCUCCUUCUCCUCCCGUGGCCCUAGCACCCAGAACCUCGACAUUCUGAAGCCGGACAUCACCGGCCCUGGUGUCAGCGUGCUCGCGGCGUGGCCGUUCCAGGUAGGCCCGCCGUCGUGGGUGCCCCCCAUGCCAACCGCGCCGACCUUCAACAUCAUCUCUGGUACGUCCAUGUCCACGCCGCACCUUGCUGGCAUCGCAGCGCUGAUCAAGAGCAAGCACCCUGACUGGUCGCCGGCGGCGAUCAAGUCCGCCAUCAUGACAACCGCCGACGUCACCGACCGCUCCGGCACGCCAAUCGUCAACGAGCAGCACAAGGCCGCGGACUUCUUCGCCAUGGGCGCCGGACAUGUCAAUCCGGACAAGGCCAUGGAUCCCGGUCUAGUCUAUGACACUGCUACUGGCGACUACAUCGGCUUCCUCUGCAGCAUGUACACGGACCAGGAGGUCUCCGUGAUCGCGCGCCAGUCAGUGAACUGCUCGACCGUCGAGAAGAUCCCACAACGCAUGUUGAACUACCCGUCGAUUUCGGUGUCGUUCGUGCCGGACUGGAGCCCCUUGGCUCCGGUGAUAGUGGAGCGCACGGUGAAGCACGUCGGAAACGCGACGGCGAUGUACCAGGUCCAGGUUGACAUGCCGGCGGGCAGCGGCGUGAACGUCACCGUUACACCGAGCGUGCUGUGGUUCAGCGACGUCAUGCCGCUGCAGAAAUUCAGGGUGCUGGUGUUUCCGCUCAAUGCCAGCACAACGGCGGUGCAGGGCGCGAUCCGGUGGGUGUCGGACACGCACACCGUGAGGAGCCCCAUCUCGGCCAUGUUCCCCUCACACUAG